UUGCUCCACUUCUCGCCGCGGAGGCGCUCAGCUCAGUUCUUCUCUCUGCUCAUUAAAGGGGGCUGGACCACACGAGGGAAAAAGGAAAAAGGGAAAACAUAUUUUUAUUUUUGACAGGAUGACCACCACUUUCCUAAACAUGGCGUCGAUAGGAGACUUCGACCCGCUCAACGCGUCUAUUCCGGCCACCAAAGUUGAAAUCACAGUGUCCUGCAGAAACCUGCUGGACAGGGACACCUUCUCCAAAUCAGACCCAAUUUGUGUUCUCUACACACAAGGCAUGGGCAACAAGGAGUGGAGAGAGUUUGGGAGAACGGAGGUGAUUGACAACACGCUAAACCCAGACUUUGUGCGGAAAUUCAUUUUGGACUACUUCUUUGAAGAGCGACAGAACCUCCGAUUUGACUUGUACGAUGUCGACUCGAAGAGCGCCAACCUGUCAAAACACGACUUUCUGGGCCAGGCCUACUGUACUCUCGGAGAGGUGGUUGGAUCGUUGGGUAGUCGCUCGGAAAAACCUCUUGGCGGCAUUCAAGGGAAGAAAUGCGGGACCGUUAUUGUGAAAGCCGAGGAGCUGAACAACUGCAGGGAAUCAGUGAUGAUGCAGUUCUGCGGGAACAAGCUGGACAAAAAGGAUUUCUUCGGCAAGUCCGACCCCUUCCUGGUCUUCUACAGGAGCAAUGAGGACGGCACGUUUACCAUCUGCCACAAGACAGAGGUGGUGAAGAACACAUUGAACCCAGUGUGGCAGGCCUUUAAGAUUCCCGUUCGGGCUCUUUGCAAUGGUGACUACGACAGAACGAUCAAGGUGGAGGUUUACGACUGGGACAGAGAUGGCAGUAGUCAUGACUUUAUCGGAGAGUUCAGCACCAGCUACAGAGAGCUAUCCAGAGGGCAGAGCCAGUUCAACGUCUACGAGGUGAUAAAUCCAAAGAAGAAAGGGAGGAAGAAAAAAUACCUCAACUCUGGAACGGUAACGCUGCUGUCGUUCCUGGUGGACAUUGAAGUCACCUUCCUGGACUACAUCAAAGGAGGGACCCAGAUUAACUUCACAGUGGCCAUCGAUUUCACAGCUUCCAACGGUAACCCAGCUCAGCCCACAUCGCUCCACUACAUGAGUCCCUACCAGCUGAACGCCUACGCGAUGGCCCUGAAAGCAGUGGGAGAAAUCAUCCAGGACUACGACAGCGAUAAGAUGUUUCCCGCGCUGGGGUUCGGAGCCAAGCUGCCACCCGACGGACGGAUCUCCCACGAGUUUGCUUUGAAUGGGAACCCUCAGAACCCGUACUGUACAGGUAUCGAAGGUGUGAUGGAGGCCUACUACCAGAGUCUGAAGUCAGUUCAGCUCUACGGACCCACCAACUUCUCCCCUGUCAUCAACCAUGUGGCCAGGUAUGCAGCUUCAGUGAAGGACGGCUCCCAGUACUUUGUGCUCCUCAUCAUCACCGACGGCGUCAUCUCAGACAUGGCACAGACCAAGGAGUCUAUUGUCAACGCCGCCUGUCUGCCAAUGUCAAUCAUCAUCGUGGGGGUGGGGCCCGCAGAAUUUGAUGCCAUGGUCGAGUUGGACGGCGAUGAAAUCAGAAUCUCAUCCAGAGGACGAUAUGCUGAGAGGGACAUUGUUCAGUUUGUCCCAUUCAGGGACUACAUCGACCGGACGGGGAACCACAUCCUGAGCAUGGCCCGGCUCGCCAAAGACGUCUUGGCCGAGAUCCCCGACCAGUUCCUCUCCUACAUGAGAACCCGCGGGAUCAAGCCGUCGCCAGCGCCGCCUCCCUACACGCCGCCAGGGCCACCCAUCCAAACCCAGAUAUGAGGAGCCGGAGAGGUGGGGGUGUGGAAGAAUGAUUUUCGGAGUCGGUGGUCAGCUGAACUUUUACGCGCGAAAUACUUCCAAUUUCCCUGAAGCCGCUCUCCAUGCCUUGUCGUCGUGGAUCAUGUGUUCAGGAAGCUGCAUGUCGGGCCGGGGGAGUGUCGCUUUUUGAGGACAGGAAAAGCCAAUGAGAGUCUGUUUACUUCCACUGUCAAGCAUUCCUGUUAAUGUCUGGAAUUUAUUAUUUUUUUGAGCCCAGGGGAAAACCAGGACAAGCCUCGGAGAGAGAGCUCGGAGAAUUUUUAAGCCGGGAGGAAACGAAGGAAUGAAAGAGAGGAAAUGAAAGACAGCUUUGGAAACACUGUAAAGAGAAUGUCUCCAGACAAAAACAAAGGAAUCACUUGAUCUUAAAUUCACUUUCUCUGUAAAUAACUGGACAUGAGUAACUUCUUCUAUCUCCGUCUCUCUCUCUCUCUCUCUCUCUCUCUCCAACUCACUCAUUGUUUACAGUAAACACUAACAAGGAUUUUUACUGUUGAUACUUUUAUAUACACAUAAUUUCAAUAUGAAUCUCUCUCUCGCUCUCUCUCUCUCUCUCUCUCUCUCCUGGCGUGUGUGUCAGGUAGCAGCAGUGCAGGUCCUGGUAGCCCUACUGUACCGUACCGUACCGUGCUGUACCGUACCGUACCGUAUUCUGGUGUUUGUAUUAACCUUUUGCAUGAGUGUAGCCUCAGUCAAGUGCAUGCAUAUAGUGGCCCUGCACUACCUCUUCUACCCAUCCAUCCGCCCGUCUGUCUGUCUGUCUGUCUGUCUGUCUGUCUGUCUGUCUGUCUGUCUGUCUGUCUGUCUGUCUGUCUGUCUGUCUGUCUGUCUGUCUGUCUGUGGGGGGUGAGUGUCUGUCUGCCUGUAUCUCCAUUUGUCACUUCACCCUGUUCGUCUGUCUGUCUGUCUGUCUGCACUGCUCUCAGGCCUGAGAAGUCUGUCUAUCUGUCUCCCUGUUGCAGCUUUUCUUAUCUCUCUCUCUGUCUCUCUCUCUUUCACUCUUUUGUUCCUCUGUCACUUUUACUAGCUGUUUCCAUCCAACAUUUCUUUUCAAAGUUCGAGCUGAAUAGAAAAUGCAUGAUUUAAUGCUCAUUAUUAGAACAGGAAGGUUUUUCAUUGCAGAAUGUGAUGAACAGCAAAGGAAAUUUCCUUUCAGUUCACUUUGGCUCAAAUUUAACAUUUGUGCAUUUUGAAAUGUAAAAUAUCUGUUCUACUCUGCUUCCUAAGAGAUGUCUUACCCUCUGAGGUGUCCAUCAUCUUCAAAAAAAGCCAGUAUGUACAUUACUAUUAUUAUUUCUAA